UGGACAGCGAGGGAAGACCGACUGCUCCGAGAACUCGUUGCUUUCCGGGUGCCAUGGAGCCGCAUGUCCAUCUCAUUGGGGAACAGACCUAUAGAGGAAGUUAAGAAACGUUGGGACUAUCUUCGCAGUGGAAGGGCCCAGAGUGCCGAAUUUGGAGUCGAUGGCGUGUUCUCGACCGACGGGAUUGCCGUUGGCAACCCGCAUUUGAAGAAAUUUGCGAGAACCACCCAGCCUGAGCCCAAACCAGAGCGUCAUGUUUCCUUUGCCGACCCACUUACUGAUGACGAAGAAGAAGAAAACGGCUCCUCCCAUCCACCGACGACCAAGAAAGUGUAUUAUAUCGACGAGGAAUUCUCACUAGAGGACGUGGUCAUGUUGCACAACAUCGCAGCUAAAUGGGAACGAGACCGAUGGCUGGCCAUCAGCACCCGAUUCAACGAUAUAACCCAGCGGAAAAUCACACCUGAACAAGCCAAAUCGGUGGUCGACAAUUGA